AAAAUAAAAAAGGUGUCCCAUCUUUCCCCACACUAAUAUAAAUACAAGGUUGUAUUAUCUUAGCGUUUUUGAACAGCUAAAUAAAAUUGUAAUUAUGCCUUUGCUAGGUUUUUAGUUUUAGUUCACAGUACCGAUUAUUACAAUGGACGCAGAAGUCACAAACUUAAAAAUCCUCCCAUCAGAAAUAAGAGGCGUCCGAUCUUCGUUAUGUUGGCGGGCAGAUCUUGUGGAUAUUUCGACUGCAUUGUUUAAAGGAAUCCCAGAAAACUUUUUAACGUCCGUUGUUCGAAACGGUGGAGUUUCCGCCGCGAUCUGUUUCGCUGUAUACCGUGUUUAUCCGGAUGCUUUAUUACGUAACUUCCGUUCGGCCGGAGAUUCUGGGAUGAAAUUUACCAUCGAUAAAGGAGGUCGCCUCCUUGAUGACGUCAAAGCUGGGAGGGCUGAUGACGUCAUUGGGACAUUCUUAAAAAACUUGCCGACCUCCCUCGCGGAUGAAUAUUACAAUCUCUAUGAAAAUGGAAAACAGCUUCGAUUUCGUUUAUCUCCACAGAACAGUGACAAUUUGGAAUCUACACACAACAGCAAACCAACAACACCUAACGAAAUGCACUCAGAUUCAUUUAAAAGUACCACGGCGGAUACAAAAACUGCAAAUAAACCGAAAGCGACCGAAAACCAAACGUCGACAAAAGAAUCGACAAACCUUCAAACAACAGACACACAGACUGCCGUAUCAACACCUUUCAUGUUCGACUUGCUAAGCCUUGCGGAAGACGACGCCCACACGCUUUGGGAGUUGAAAGAAUACAAACAAGCAUUACCAUUAUUCGAAAAAUGCAUGGUCAGUGUUGCAGGGAAUGGACGAACAACGUUUCUUUUAAAGUUUGCAUUCACUCUACGUCAUUGUGGCCGGCUCGAUGAUAGUAUGAGGUAUUUCUCUGACGCGAUACGACUGCUGAAAGAGACGGCAGCUUCUGGUGACGAAUUCAGCUCCAACUUUGCCGAAAGUAUCAGAGAGAUCGGCGAAAGAUACGCGCAGAGUUCCGCAUUCUCCAGAGCGGCUUGGAUCUACAACUGCUCAGCUGACAUCUUUGAGCGAUGUAGGAACGCGGACUCAGGCGCAACGGGGAUUCUUAACUGCAUGACUGGAUUACAGAACAUGGAUAUCCCACGUUUUAACGAACAACUUACGCAGUUUACUCGGCAGUCACUUAUAAGGUUAACAGAAAUGAUCGACCGAAUAUACAGAACAAGAAAAUGCGAGACGUGGAAGUUAGGGACAGCGUAUUCAAGGUUGGGGGACGAUUACAGCAACGGGUAUUUAUAUGACGACAAAAUUCGGAGCCUCAAGAAGUGUUUAGAAGUUAUGGAGGAAGGCUACGGCGCUGGGGCUCAGGACCACGCUGUGUAUGGAAUCAGCAGCCAUAACCUUGCCGUGGAGUUUCUAAGAAUGGAGAAGUUCGAAGAAGCUGAGGUUAUGUUUUCUAAAGCAUUGGAACGGCAGAAAUCGGCAAAGGAUUGGAGCUCUGACAGGAAAAAGGACAAAUGUGUUAAUAAUACGAUAAGACUACUUGCAAGCACACAACGGAGGCAACCGAUAUGAAUGAAUGUUAUUGAUCUACUUACAGUAGGGUGGGGGAAGAUGGGACACCUGUUCAUUCUAUUUUCUCUUCUAUUUUUCUAUUCUAUUUUCUCUUCCAAUUUGGUAGUAAGCAAAAAAAACAUUCAAAAUUUAUGAAACUGUAUAUUCACAACUCCCAUGCACCGUUGUUAAUUGUUUAAAACACGAUCAGGAUGUUUGGAUAUUAUGUGCUAAAGGUGUCCCAUCUUCCCCCACCCCACUAUAUGUUCUAUUUCUAAACCGUACUACGGUUACUGUACAGAUACCAAGUAUGAA